UCAAAAUCAACCAUUUCUUUAUUUUCCCCCAAAUUUUUCAGAAAGCUCACAGUUUAUUCGUUUCAUUUACUGCAUAAACCCAUUUUUGCAACUUCCAGAUCUUUUGCUUCUUCAUACGUCGGAGUGCUGAAGAAGUGAUGAAGAUUCAGUGUAAUGUUUGUGAGGUUGCGGAGGCGAACGUGUUGUGCUGCGCCGAUGAGGCGGCGUUGUGUUGGUCGUGUGAUGAGAAGGUUCAUGCUGCUAAUAAGCUUGCUAGUAAACAUCAGAGAGUUCCUUUAUCUGGUUCUUCUUCAUCUAUGCCUAUGUGUGAUAUCUGCCAGGAAACAGUUGGCUACUUCUUUUGUCUUGAGGAUCGGGCAUUACUUUGCCGAAAAUGUGAUAUUGCUAUUCACACAGCUAAUCCUCAUGUUGCUGCUCACCAAAGAUUUUUGCUGACUGGAGUGAAAGUAGGACUUGAACCUGUUGAUCCUGGUGGUAUUUCAUCCUCAGGGACAUCACAGUCCAUUCAGAAGGUUUCUGAGCCAGAGUCUGCUCCACUUUCAAAACGGAAUGCCUCAGUAUCAUUGGAUGCUCAAUUUAACAAAGUGUUACCUACCCAGGUCAGUGGCAUUGAGGAUUUUGCUCCUACUAAGUCUCCGUUUGCUGGAGGUUCUGCAGCUGGAAGUAUGCCACAAUGGCAGUUCGAUGAAUUUAUUGGUCUGAGUGAUUUCAAUCAAAAUUAUGGAUACAUGGAUGAUGGAUCAUCUAAGGCGGAUAAUGGCAAACUUGGUGGAGAGUCGGACUCUUCAUCAAUCUUAAGAGUUGAAGAUGAAGAACUAGAUGGUGAUGAGUGCUUGGGUCAGGUGCCAGACACAUCUUGGGCAGUGCCACAAGUUCCUUCCCCACCUACGGCCUCUGGACUUUACUGGCCCAAAACUUACCAGAAUCCGUUCGACUCUGCAGUGUUUGUGCCUGACAUUAGUUACUCCCCUUCAUCGAGCCUUCAACAACAACCUCCAAGUGGUACUCGUCUGAAACGAAGAAGGCAGUGUUAAUGCACUUUAAGAUUCUUCGCUCACGUUUGUGAUAGGUGAUUCAGAUCCCUAAGCUGUUCGCUCAUGUUAGUGAUAGGUGUUGCAGAUCCCUAAGCUCUUCACUAAAGUUAGUGAUAGGUGUCUAGAUAGAGCGGUGUGUGGUAGUUGAAAUUUGAUUUAAAGUUGUUUCCGCAAUGAUUAUUGUGUGUUUCUCCAAUGUAAGUAACCUGCACUGUCUGCUGCAGUUACAUAGAAUGCCAAAAGUGUAUUAGUUCCACUCCAAUUCCCAGAAGUUGUACAAGAAAAUGAAUUUGUGUAAAACUGGAACCAGAGAAAAAUGACCAGUGUAUCAUCUUAAUUUACCUCCUCUUCA